GCGUUACUCAUCUUAUGGACAUUACCCAGCACUGGCACUCCCCAUCACUAAUUUUGCUUAGAAAUUCAAUUGUGGCCCCGCGCGGUUAGGACAAGUAAACCCUCUUUCGGUGCUUUUCGAGAGGUGUUGCGCACAAGCAUCCAGGUAGACCACAACCCCAAGCAACCUUCUGAGUGGAGCAUGCAAUUUACUCACUUUUAUCGUUUCAUAAUCUUAAUCACAUCGGCUUUCUCUUUGUGAUUCUUGCUUCCAUUGUUUUUGUUUCAGGCAUCGAUUCGAUGUUAUGACAAUCAGCCACUUCUCCUGAAAACAGCUUCAGAACAACAACCAGCACACUUUGUUCUAAGAGCAGGUACAACAGCAGAAGUUAGAGGUAGCGAAUUUUAUAGAUAAAAUGUCGGUGCCAGCGGGGCCGUUAUGCACCUCGCUGAGCAACAUCAGGAAGGCGCCAAAGUGGACGCUUACCGGGAGAGAAGAGGACAAAGUCACCGCAAGGAGGAACAAGCUCGGACCCGGUCCAGGAGGCUAUCACGUGCAAGAUAUCAAUGUCGACGCAAGGUACUACAGUCAGUGGAUUUUCAUAUUUGUUCACUUUCAGUUUCAACAUCAAAGAGAUAGAGCUUUGGAUUAGGAGUUUCGUUUCGCUCCCGCCUUCUUCCCUCCACAGUUUUGUUCCCUCGUACUUUUCACUUCAACCCGUACGACGGUGCUGCUUAGCUCAAGAAAAGACUACCCUCGAAGUAUCAAAAAUAAACUUUUACAGGCAUAGCAGACCUCCAAGCGCCGUGUUUUCUCACGAGAAGCGGGAUGCCUUUACGCAGGCCCCGUUCAAAAAGCCAUCGGUGGGAACGUACACGCCAAAUUUUUUCCUAUCAAGCACCAUGCCCGCCUCCGGCCGAACAGUGUUUUCCAAAUCGAGUCGCGACGACGCCGGCAGCGCUAUGGGAAGUGCCAGGAGAGCGCAAACCCCAGGACCCGGAACCUACGCCUUCAAGCCAGCACUCAGCGACAUAUCAGCCAGCAUGUACGGCCGGGCAAAGGAUUUCAAGAGUAUACUCUUAGUUGCUUGCGAAAUUAUAUGAUUUUUGUGACUCAUAAUUUUCUAGGAGGAGACGUUUACUACGCCAAUCGUAAUUGUAUGAAGAACCGCUUUGAAAUAGAAAUCGGUAUCGGUGUCGCUUCUUGACCCUCGCGAGCACAGUACUCAGCUGCGUGUUUUCUCAUUGUUUUUGCGGAUUUGAAUUUGGUUCGUUAUUUUAUUUCCAAAAAACAGGACCAACAACACCGGGGCCGGGAGCUUAUACCAUAUCACGAGACCUUAUUGGGCCUGCAUGGAAGAUGCGUACUGCUUUUGAAUUCGUUUUUUCCACCCCGUGAAGUCAUAGUUCGACUGCUCUUAGUGUGUCGUUGCACUCACAGUAUGUAAAUCCGCAAAGCCGAAUUAAACCUCACCUAAAUAAAUGUAUGCCCGGGCAGUAGCAGGCUAGCGAGCCUGUGAGUCUAGGCUGAGGCUGGACGGGCGAUAUUUUAUACAUGUCCGAGCCUCGCCCUUUUCCGGUAGCCAGGACAAGAUGAUUGAGAGGGUGAACCUCUUCCCGGUCUGGGUUGAAGUUUAUUUCCUUUCUCUCUUAUCCUCAGGGAGUAACGCCCCUGCCGAUGGUAGUAAGUCUGGUCCAUCCGCCUCAGGAAAGUGUCUUUUAUCCGCUUGUCGGAAAGUCUGGUCCAUCCGCCUCAGGAAAGUUUUUUCAUCCGCUUGUCGGAAAGUCUGGUCCAUCCGCCUCAGGAAAGUGUUUUUUCUCCGCUUGUCGGAAAGUCUGGUCCAUCCGCCUCAGGAAAGUGUCUUCUAUCCGCUUGUCGGAAAGUCUGGUCUCAUCCGCUUUGCGGAAAGUUUGGCUAUCCGCGUGGCGGAAAGUUUGGUCUCAUCCGCUUGUCGGAAACUUUGGUCUCAUCCGCUUUGCGGAGAGUUUGGUUAUCCGCUUGUCGGAAAGUCUGGUCUCAUCCGCUUUGCGGAAAGUUUGGUCCAUCCGCCUCAGGAAAGUCUCUUUUAUCCGCUUGUCGGAAAGUCUGGUCUCAUCCGCUUUGCGGAAAGUUUGGUUUACCCGCUUGGCGGAAAGUUUGGUCGCAUCCGCAUGUCGGAAAGUCUGGUCUCAUCCGCUGUGCGGAAAGUUGUGGUUAUCCGCCUGGGGGAAAGUUUGAUCUCAUCCGCUCGGCGGAAAGUUUAGACCAAUCCGCUUUGCGGACAGAUUUGGGCAUCUCUGGGUUUAUCCGUUGUACGGACAGUGUUGGCAGCCCUGAUUGUAUUCUCGUUGACGUUGGCGAUAUCAGCGAGAAUACGAAUUCAUGCGGUCUCGCCUUGCUUUGGGAUGGAGGGUCGUUUGGCACUGGCGGUUCGAACCCGUUACCCUUGCGAACUUUUUCCCAAGCCAAGGCCCUUGGCUUUCUUUGGUUUAUUGUCCUUUGAUCCUCCGAUCCCAUUGCAACGCGAGGCCGCGAGGCUAUCGGUUUUUGUCCGCUCGAAGCUUUCCACUUCGAGCACAUGCCACUGGUCGGUCCGUCGUCAUCGCUACGCCUUCGUCUAUGGGGCGCACCGGUUUCCCAAAUUCAUCGUCUGGCCGCAGGCGUCGCGCCGGGUUCUUUGGGCUGCUUCGGCGUACCGGCCUCCGCCGGUGGGGUAGGUGCUUCCAGGGCGCCUCCUCGUGCGACGCAGUGGGAGAUGCUCCCAUCGAGCGAUCAUCCAUAGGGUGAUCCUUCCGCGGUGACUGAAUAAAAUAUAAAACAGCGACGUCGCAGCGACCCACCCCGAAGAGAGCACAGAGUCCAGGGCCAGGACAGUACACGAAUCCGACGACGGUGGGCUUUGCGCAUCCCAGCAUCAUGUCCACACCAAGGUAUAGUCAAGCACUCUGUUCUUACACAGUGAUAGAUGAAAGCAUGAUGAUGUGUUGCUGGAAUAAUACAAGAAGUACAUUAGUUCCCACCUUCUUUGCCUUUGCCUAUUUUCACAGCAUAAUUUUUUCAAACAAACAUAACAGGUUUUCCAUGGUUCCCAGGAGAUCGCAGGGGGGCAGCGCGAGAUCACUUUCGCCCGGGCCCGGUGCCCAUGGUGGAGCCUUCACUACCUUCGGGUACUGAGCACGAUCCUGAAACGCGCGAGCAAGGUCUUCAACCAUCUGUCUCUGCACACCGUGACAGGUUUUCCUUGAGACCCAACUAAAGCCGCAGCAACUCCUUGUCUCUACUACCCAAGUACCAAAAUGCAAAAUUUCCUUUUGAAAAAAAAAACAACACUCUCCUUGUAUUUAGCUUUUGUUCUUAACAGCUAAAUUUGCAAAAAUAUAUUGAUAAUUGAGUUUUAUGUCAUCUACCUAGAAGAAAUUGCACACAAAUUAAACACACACGAAAAAUAACAAAAACACACACGAAAGUUGCACACACACAACUCAAUUUUUACACUAUGAUUCGAAUAUACUACACUAAUUUUUAAUCUCAAUUUCAAUUGCUGCAUGAAAAGAAAAAUUCUUGCACAAGAGGAGAUUGCAAGAAUCGCACGAGUUUCGUUUACUUGUAAAAUAGGCACCAGCGGAAAUUCCAACUGGGACAUCAUAACGUAUUUGGUGGAAGAUUCGAAAGGCCUUUUGAAAAAUGUAUCUAUUGUUUGUGCAAUUGUUGCAUGGAUGUACAUGUACCUAGCUAAAAAACCACGACCCUGCAUAGUCGCAUGUUUGUACUCCAUUUCACAAAAUUAACUUUUACCAUAGCCUUACCAUACCAAAUUAGUUUCGCAUGUUGGCGGAAAUGAAACCCGGGACACAUGAUUUUUAUUCGUGGAAGGAUUGUAUGAAAAACGCAUACUACAAAACACCAAAAACCUCGUUAAGCAACCGAGGGAAUUCGAUCGAAGAGACGUGCGUUCGAUGUUGUCGUUGCCGUUGUGUUACGGUUUGUCCACUUCUUCUAAAUCGAGCGAGGCUGGAGAGAAUUAUCUAAGGAAAAAUCGCAUGCGCAAACAAAGGACUGAG